CGUGUUAUCGAAAGGCGUUCUGGCACAUUGCUGACUUGGUAAUGUUCCAUUGGCCAUUUUUGGGUUAUUAGCUUUAAUUGCGAAAUUGCUUAGACUAGUUAACGAAAUUCUGUAAACAUGGACGAGCUGUCACGCCAAUGCAUGGAGGACUGGCACGUGCGACCGCCUAGCGAUGUGCGCACAACGAAUGUUCAGGCGCCACCAAAAUCGGUGCCGGAUAACAAAUCCCGCAAGACGGAGCUGCACGUGCUGCGGCUCAGCGAUGAGUCACAACAACUGACAAUGGACACAUUGCGCACCAUACACGGACCGGACUUCAAGCUCGAUGACAUCGCCAAAUACAAGGAUCGGGGGCGUGGCGGGAAAGGUAUUAAGCAUGCCUACUGGGAGGAUCGCGGUACACUCCAAGUGCAAAGUGUUCAAGGUGUUAGUGCGACGUCCAGCAGCACAGCCGAUGACGACCGUUUGCGUCGCUAUGCACUGCUCAAGCUGGAGAACUAUGGCUUCCAUCCUGCUCAUUGCCUAGAAGCGUAUGAGCAUUGCUCACACGAUACGGAAGCAGCGCUGCUGUUGCUGUAUAAACGCUAUAUGCGCGUGCCUGCCAAUGAAAUCCUGGAGCUAGAGGCACACGACGAGGCGAGUCUGCUGGAUAUGCGAGCCGACGAGAAGGAAGCUCUGCAGUCCAUCUACGACAAGGCAUUCGAGGAGCGUGAAUAUAACAGCGUUUGGAAUCUUAAGUUUAAGAUUGAACAUCUGCUGGCGCACAGCCCAUCGGAGGUGCGCAAGGCGCGGGAAGCAGUGCUUGCGGCAGCCGCUGCCGUUCGCCAAGCGGCAUUGGACAAGAAGAAGAAGGCGCCGCAACGUUGUCGCAAUUUUGAUCGUGAUGGCACGUGUAAAUUUGGACCCAAAUGCCGAUUUGCCCAUGUGCCAGCACAGCCCGAGGUGACGGGGACACCGGAGCGCAAGCGUGCCGACAAUCUGGAUGAGAACGAGAAUGAGCAGUGGUUCCACGUGGAGGUGCGUUUUCCGCCGGGCAGUCGUUAUCCAUACGAAGCGCCAUACAUCUACCUCAAGACCACCUGCCACGAUAUACCACAUGAGCUGCGCUUGCGCUUCGCUCGCCGUCUGUACCAGGAGGCGCGCCAAAUUUGCCGAGACGGCAUUCCCUGCAUCUACAGCGUAUGUGAGAUGCUGCAAACGGAUGAGGGUCUGGCCGGCAGCCUGGACACCACCCGUUUCCCUUCGCCCAAGCAUUCGCUCUUCCACGAAGAGCCGGCAAAUGGCGCUGAUCAAGAUGCCAACGAGGGGGCAGCGGCAAAGCCGCGUCCCAGCCACUACGAGCGCGGACAAACGUCGCGCAACGAUGGCGGCACUUAUCAGCGGAAUGCCGCCGCAUUGGCAUCUAUGAAUCGCAACCUGUUGAAGCAGUUCAACGACCGCCGGCGCGAAAGUAGCUACAUCAAGUCGAUCGAGGGCCGCAGGAAGCUGCCUGCCUUUGCCGAAAUCGAGCGCAUUAUGGCGCUCAUCAGGAGCAACCAGGUGGUUGUCAUUUCAGGCGAGACCGGCUGUGGCAAGAGCACCCAAGUGCCGCAGUUCAUAUUGGACGAUUGGUUCUUCCAGGCCUGCAAGGCUACAUCUGAAGACAUGCCCCAUGUAGAGAUUAUCUGUACGCAGCCGCGUCGACUCUCGGCUAUCGGUGUGGCUGAGCGUGUGGCCGCCGAGCGUGUGGAUCGCAUUGGCCGGCUGGUUGGCUAUCAGAUACGGCUUGAGAACAAGAUCUCGGAAAGCACGAGGCUGACCUUCUGCACCACUGGCAUACUGUUGCGACGCCUGUCCUCCGAUCCGCUGCUAACCAACGUUAGCCAUGUGAUUGUGGACGAAGUGCACGAGCGAUCGCAGGACUCAGAUUUCCUGUUGCUUAUACUCAAGAAUAUAUUGCGGGAACGCAAGGAUCUUAAAGUGAUACUCAUGUCCGCCACGUUGAAUGCGUCGCUCUUUUCCAAUUACUUUGGCGGCGCACCUGUGCUGGAUAUACCGGGACGUACGUUUCCAGUGGAACAGCUCUUCCUUGAGGAUAUACUGGAUGCUUGUGAUUUUGUUAUGGAAUGCGACACGAAGUUCUGUCGCAAGCUCAAGAAGAAGGACCAGGAGGUGCUGGAAAGUGUGCUGGAAUUCGCCGAUCUCCAGGCCAGCAGUGAGCCGCCUGGCCCCAAGAUCAAGGACGAGAAUCUGACGCUAGCCGAGACCUACGCCCGCUAUUCGGACUACAGCAAGACGACAUGCAAGAGCAUCUACCUGAUGGAGCCAAUGAUGAUCAAUCCAGAUCUAAUUGAGUCUGUGCUCAAAUACAUUGUGGAGGGCGAUCAUCAUUGGCCGCGUGAGGGCAGCAUCCUCAUCUUUCUGCCCGGCUUUCAGGAGAUACAAGCGGUGCUCAAUGCGCUGCAGGACAGCGCAGUGGGCCCGCGUUCUGGAAAGUAUUUGCUCAUCCCAUUGCAUUCAGCCUUGUCCAGCGAAGAUCAGGCGAUGGUCUUCAAGCGUGCACCGCCGGGAAAACGAAAAAUUGUGCUCAGCACGAAUAUAGCCGAGACAUCUGUCACGAUCGAUGAUUGCGUCUUUGUCAUCGACUGCGGCCUCAUGAAGGAGAAGGGCUUCGACUCGAACCGGAAUAUGGAAUCGUUAGAUCUGGUCUGGGUGUCGCGCGCCAAUGCCAAACAGCGCAAAGGCCGAGCCGGCCGUGUGAUGCCCGGCGUGUGCAUCCAUUUGUAUACCCGCUAUCGAUAUGAGCAUCACAUAUUGGCCCAGCCGGUGCCCGAGAUACAGCGAGUGCCGCUCGAGCAGAUUGUGCUACGCAUCAAGACGCUGUCAAUGUUCGCCUCGCGCAAUACCCUCUCCGUGCUGCUCGAAACACUGGAUGCGCCCAAGGAGGACAGCGUGCAGGGCGCGCUGAUGCGAUUGCGAGAUGUCGGCGCCUUGGACAUCGACGAUCAGCUAACGCCACUUGGCCACCAUUUGGCCGCGUUGCCCGUGGACGUGCGCAUUGGCAAACUGAUGCUCUACGGCGCCAUCUUCCAGUGCCUGGACAGCGUGCUCACCAUCGCCGCCUGCCUGAGCAACAAAUCGCCGUUCGUCAGUCCGCUGAACAAGCGCGACGAGGCCGACAAACGCAAGCGACAAUUCGCGCUCGAUCACAGCGACCAUCUGACCGUGCUGAAUGCUUAUCGAAAAUGGCUCGCUGUAGCGAAACGUGGACAUUAUGGAGCCAGUCGAAAUUAUGCGAGUACGAACUACCUGUCAAUCAACACGCUGGAGAUGAUUGCAGAUCUCAAGUAUCAGUAUCUGGAGUUGCUCGUCUCGAUUGGAUUUGUGCCGGUGAAUGUGCCACGACGCAGGCCGAAUAGCAGCGACAAUGUACUCCAGCUAACAGGUCACGAACAGAACGUGAACGGCGAGAACAAUCGACUGCUGACAUCGCUGCUCUGUGCUGCACUCUAUCCGAAUAUUGUGAAGAUCAUGACACCGGAUCGCGUCUAUAUACAGACAGCCGGUGGCGCAGUGCCGCGCGAGCCCGGCCAUCAGGAUUUGCGCUUUAAGACGCGCGGCGAUGGCUAUGUACGCAUCCACCCGUCCUCUGUCAACUCACAGGUCGCUGUCUUCCAGGCCCCGUUCCUUGUCUACCAGGAGAAGGUGUGCACCAGCUCCAUUUACAUACGCGACUGCUCAAUGCUGCCCCUGAUUGCCCUGGUCCUGUUUGCCGGCUCCGAUUUCAAGGUGGAGCUCCAUGAUGGUGACUUCCUGUUUCUACUCGAGAGCGGCUGGAUCAUCGUGAAGGCGCACAACCAUGAGACAGCUGAGCUGAUCCAAUGUAUGCGCACCGAACUGAUCAAGCUGCUCGAGGAGAAGAUACGCGAUCCGUGCCUCAAUUUGUUGCACCACAAGAAUGGCUGCAAGAUCAUUGCGAACAUUGUGCAUCUAAUAAGCAACAACUAUUAAUGUCUAAUGCAUUAGCCGCUCAUUGUUCCGUACAUUCAGUCUUUUUGUAUCACAUCAGCCAAGCCAAUAGCAAAGCUUAUACUAUUUUAUAAUGCGAGUACAAUAC